AUGGUUUUAGCUGAUUUAGGUAAACGUAUCAAUGGUGCGGUGAACAGUGCACUAUCUAAUACACAGGAUGAUUAUGUGACGUCUGUUGAUAAUAUGUUGAAGAUGAUUUGUACAGCAUUGUUAGAGUCCGAUGUUAAUAUUCAAUUGGUUUCCAAACUAAGAAGUAACAUUAAAUCUACUUUAAUGGAUGCUUUAAAGACUGGUGGAUCCAAGUCUACCAGUAAUGCGCAGACAAAGAAGUUGAUUCAAAAAAGUGUGUUUGACGAAUUAUGUAAUUUAGUUGAUUUUGAGAAUAAUGACAAUGUAUUUCUACCAAAGAAGAAGAAAACAAAUGUUAUUAUGUUUGUUGGUUUACAAGGUUCCGGUAAAACUACAUCAUGUACUAAGUUGGCUGUUUACUAUCAAAAAAGAGGUUUCAAAGUUGGUUUAGUCUGUGCCGAUACUUUCCGUGCCGGUGCUUUUGAUCAAUUGAAACAAAAUGCAAUUAAAGCUCACAUUCCAUUUUAUGGUUCCUAUUCUGAAGCAAAUCCAGUUAAAGUUGCUGGUGAAGGUAUUGAAAAGUUCAAAAAGGAAAAAUUUGAAGUCAUUAUCGUCGAUACUUCCGGUAGACAUCGUCAAGAAGAGGCCUUGUUUCAAGAAAUGGUUGAAAUAUCCAAUGUUGUUAAGCCAAACCAAACCAUUAUGGUUUUAGAUGCUUCUAUUGGUCAAGCUGCCGAACAACAGUCUAAAGCAUUUAAAGAAUCUGCAGAUUUUGGUGCUAUAAUUUUAACUAAAAUGGAUGGCCACGCUAGAGGCGGUGGUGCUAUUUCUGCAGUUGCUGCUACUAAUACACCAAUAAUUUUCAUCGGUACUGGUGAGCAUAUACACGAUUUAGAAAGAUUUUCUCCAAAAUCUUUUGUAUCAAAAUUAUUAGGCAUAGGUGACAUUGAAGGUUUAUUGGAACAAUUCCAAACUGUCUCCAACUCAGAAGACACAAAAGCCACGAUGGAGAAUAUCCAACAAGGUAAGUUCACACUAUUAGACUUCAAGAAACAGAUGCAGACCAUUAUGAAGAUGGGCCCACUAUCAAAUAUUACUCAAAUGAUUCCUGGUAUGAGCAAUAUAAUGAAUCAAGUUGGUGAAGAAGAGACUUCAAAAAAGAUGAAAAAAAUGAUAUACGUUUUAGACUCAAUGACCAAAGAAGAAUUAGGAUCUGAUGGCAGAUUAUUUAUUGACGAACCAAGCCGAAUGGUAAGAGUAGCAAGAGGUUCAGGUACUUCUGUUUUUGAAGUUGAAAUGAUUUUAAUUCAGCAACAAAUGAUGGCAAGAAUGGCUCAAUCAACAAAAGCUGCUCAACAGGGUGCAGGUGGUAUGCCGGGUAUGCCAGGUAUGCCAGGUAUGCCAAAUAUGCCAGGUAUGCCUAACAUCUCUCCUCAAAUGAUGCAACAAGCUCAACAAAAAUUACAGCAAAACCCUGGUUUAAUGCAAAACAUGAUGAAUAUGUUUAGUGGCAGUGGAAAUGGUGGGCUUCCAGGUAUAGGUGCAGGUGGUAUGCCAGAUAUGAAUGAAAUGAUGAAGAUGAUGCAAGAUCCGCAAAUGCAACAAAUGGCAAGACAGUUUGGCAUGGGUGCAUAA